GGGCCAAGUGUGAGUUCUGCCCAGCCUCAUUGCCCUUUAUAUUAUCUGGCAUUUCUAUUCCUUAAGGCACCUGAUUUGGUUAAUAGUGUGUAUUUUAAAAUACCCAAUUUUAAGUCCUUAGCUGAGUAUUUUGACCAAAAACCAAAUGUCCUGGUGAAACUUCCCAGAAGUACAGACUUGCCAAGGGCCUCCACCUUGCCUUGUUUCCUGGAGCUCUGAAGCUUCCCAGAUCAGUUUGGAACCGAGGUCAAAGGUCCUGAGGUUAUUGGGAGGUUAUGAAACAUGGGGAAACUGAGAUCUGGGGAGAGCCAGGACUUGCCCAAGGUCACAGUUGGUGAUGACCAGCCUUGGGAGCUCUCUGCCCAGGGCUGGGCCUUUUGACUGUUGGGCAGUGCUGGGUGACAGGCCCAGUUGUGGUCCUGGAGACAGAGCAUGGGGGUGGGUGCAGAGGUGAUGUCAGGCAGCAGAGAAUAGCUGGCUUUAGGUGCAGAAUAUCCCCAACCUCAAUAAACAUCCACUCAUGAUCACUGUGGGGACAAAGGUCCACAGAGGUGGCUCCAUCACAGCCUGACACUGUUGACUCUCCUUGGACACUAGACCUAGCAAGGCCUUUAGAGGACACAGCUUUCCCCUCUCCUCUCUGUUGACAUUCUCUGAGCUCCUCCUGGGCACCAGCUGCCACACUGGGAACUGGGGACACAGCGGACACCCUACAGCCCAGCCUGCUGUCAUGGAGAGCAUGGUCUAGUUGGGAGACAGGAUUUGGCUGGGUCUUCCCGAGGUUGUGAGUGCUCCAUGGGUGCAGGCCAAGGGGGUCUUCUCUACAGGCCUACUAGGUGGUUGUGAAGUCACAUGAGCCAGCAGUGGCACGGCCAGGCCAGCAUGGUGGACCACUUGCUUCCAGUGGACGAGAAUUUCUCGUCACCAAAGUGCCGGGUUGGUUAUCUGGGAGACAGGCUGGUAAGUGGGCAGGCAUACCACAUGCUGCCCUCGCCCCUCUCCGAAGACGACAGUGACGCCUCCAGCCUCUGCUCCUGCGCCAGCCCCGACUCGCAAGCCCUCUGCUCCUGCUACACCAGUGGCCCGGGCGCUGAGGGCCAGGACAACAUCUUGGACUUCCUGCUCUCCCAGGCCACGCUGGGCAGUGGUGGCAGCGGCAGCAUCGGGGCCAGCAGUGGUCCUGUGACCUGGGAGGCCUGGCGGAGGGCACCGGCACCUGUGAAGGGGGAGCAUUUCUGCUUCCCGGAGUUUCCUGUUGGUGACCCCGAUGAUGUUCCAAGGCCCUUCCAGCCCACUCUGGAGGAGAUUGAAGAGUUUCUGGAGGAGAACAUGGAGCUGGGGCUCAAGGAGGCCCCAGAGAGCAACAACAAGGACGUGGAGGCCUGUAGUCAGCUCUCAGCUGGGCCACACAGGAGCCACCUCCAUCCUGGGUCUGGUGGGAGAGAGCGCUGUGCUCCCCAGCCAGGUGGUGCCAAUGCGGGUGACACUCAGGGCCCAGGUGGGGGGUCUGCACCCGAUGGCCCCAUCCCCUUGCUGCUGCAGAUUCAACCUGUGCAGGUGAAGCAGGAAUCAGGCACAGAGCCCUCCUCCCCUGGGCAGGCCCCAGAGAGUGUCAAGGUAGCCCAGCUCCUGGUCAACAUCCAGGGGCAGACCUUUGCACUCCUGCCCCAGGUGGUGCCCUCCUCGAACUUGAACAUGCCCUCCAAGUUCGUGCGCAUUGCCCCUGUGCCCAUUGCUGCCAAGCCUAUUGGGUCAGGACCCCUGGGGCCUGGCCCCACCGGCCUCCUCAUGGGCCAGAAGUUCCCCAAGAACCCGGCGGCAGAACUCAUCAAAAUGCACAAAUGUACUUUCCCCGGAUGCAGCAAGAUGUACACCAAAAGCAGCCACCUCAAAGCCCACCUACGACGGCACACAGGCGAGAAGCCCUUUGCCUGCACCUGGCCGGGCUGUGGCUGGAGGUUCUCCCGUUCGGAUGAACUGUCAAGGCACCGGCGUUCACACUCAGGCGUGAAGCCCUACCAGUGCCCUGUGUGUGAGAAGAAGUUCGCGCGGAGUGACCACCUGUCCAAGCACAUCAAGGUGCAUCGCUUUCCCCGGAGCAGUCGCUCCGUUCGUGCUGCCAACUGACCCCCCCCACCUCCACCCACCCACACAACCAUUACCGCUACCACCUGUUCACCCCAUCCCACCAGCCCCAUCAGAUGGUCCAGAUCACCCAUAUAUUUUGUAGCAAUAAUUUAUUUGCCUCCUUCAGAGAGAUGUGACAAUGUUGCCAACCCAUCAGCCUGGGUUGAUAUGGGAAGAGGGGGGCUGGCCUGGGAGGCAGGAACCCAGAGCCCCCCCCACCUGCUGCCUUUCCUGGGGAGACCCAGCCCCUGACCCAGGAGGCCGGCCUUUGUGCCUUUGCACCUUCGUGCCUUCCUGCGCCGCUGACAGGCCUCUGCUGCAGUGUCUGGGGGCCUGGCCCUUCUCCCACUGGGCUCCCUGCUUGGGCCAGGGCCAGCACUUUAUUGCCCGGGAAGAUGAAAUGUGCAGUUUUGAAAUGUCAGUUCCCACAGGGAGCCUCACUGGGGAAAAGGAAGUAGGCCAAAAGUCCUGGGCUGCACUGUGGUGUGCAGGUGGUUUUGUCCAAAUGCUUUGCUCAGCCUGAAUACCAGAAGGUAUGGGCAAGGCUGUUAGGGGUGCAGGACCUGGCCUCCUGGUGGCUGCAGGAUUGGGGUGAAAAGUCCCCCCUCUGGGGGCUGACAGUGCAUGUGCUUCAGUUAAAUGUGCAGGGCAGGCAGACAGAUGCAGGCUAGCCCCGGAGCAUCUGUACCCAGUGUGGCUCAUCCCCUCGUCCUGUUUCCCGACACCAGCCUCCAGAGUCACCUUUUGGGAGGAGAGGGGAACAGGCUGUGUAGCAAGUAGAAGAAUCAGAUAAAGCCCCCAAUCCCAAUUUAGAAAUGCAUUCCUCAUUUUGUCUAGAAAUUAAUAUCAAAUGAACUAGCUUGUUUUGAUAGGUUUAUUUCACAUCCUAUGAAUGUAUGUAAAUAAACUGUACAUAGGUACAUCUACAUAAAAUAUCUUUUAAUAACAUCAGCAUUUGUGUAAAUUUGAAAUUUUAAAAAUCUAUAAAGCUGGUGUAUAUAUGUUACAAUUAUGUAUAUUUUCUUUGGUCCUUCAUAAAAAUAUAUUUACUUUGCCAAUAAAAAGAAAAAAGAACUCAA